AUGAGUGAAGACGGAACGCCGACGAAAAGACAUAGCACGACAUUGUCAGCGAAACAAGAUGAAGGGUCGAGAAUCAGCGAUAUGAGCCAUUCGGAGAGCAAUCAUUCGGCGACCGAACGCGAGAGAGGAAGCUGGGGAAAUCAAAUUGAAUUCUUGUUGUCCACAUUGGGAAUGGCUGUGGGGUUGGGAAAUAUUUGGAGAUUUCCCACACGAGCUUAUAAUAAUGGAGGAUCGGCGUUUCUGAUUCCUUACAUUUCGUGCGCUCUUCUCUUCGGCCUUCCAUCGAUUUACCUCGAAUUCCUUCUUGGCCAAUAUCAUCGCACAACGGCUCCGGUGAUAUUCCGACGGAUUGCUCCAGCCUUCCAAGGAGUUGGCUGGAUGGCGGUCGCUGUGUCAUCGUGCGUCUCCAUAUACUAUGUGAUCAUAAUUGGAUGGUCCGCAGUUUAUAUGGUGUCGGUGGCACAGGGCCACACAACCCUUUGGAAUCGUUGCGAUAAUCCGUGGAACAAUGCGUCGACGUGCCUCGAUCUCGGCCGACAGCAUCUUUGCGACUCUUCAAAUUCAACCAAAUUUGUUUUUUUCAAUAACUCAUGCUAUGAAACUGAUACUUUGAUGAAUAUUUCGACUGUUACAGCCACUGAACAGUACUUUUUUAAUUAUAUUGUUGAGCCUUCAAGUGGAUUUAAUGAUUUUAAUCGAAUAAAUUGGAAAUCGUUUACCGGUGUUUCAUUAUGCUGGAUUCUUGUCGCGUUGAUACUCUGGAAAGGUGUCGAUUAUAUGGGAAAAGCCUCAUACGUCAUCGUCGUUCUUCCAUAUAUCAUCAUUUUUGCAUUAUUCCUUCGUGGAAUCACUCUGGAUGGCGCAUCGGAAGGGAUUUACUACUAUCUCGGAAACCCGGAUUGGUCGAAAGUAUUCGCUGCUCACACAUGGGGAGAAGCAUUGAAGCAGUUGUGUUUUUCGUUGGGCAUCGGCUAUGGCGGAAUGAUUGGAUUGUCGUCGUAUAAUAAACCAAACAACAACUGCUAUCGAGAUGCUCUUAUUGUGAUUGUUGGUGAUACCAUUAUGAGUAUUAUCGGCGGAGCUGCCGUGUUCUCAACAUUGGGAUUUCUGGCGAAACAACGCGGAUGUGCCGUCGAUGAUGUUGUCAAUUCCGGUCUCUCGUUAGCAUUCGUCGCUUUUCCAGAAGCAAUGAGUCAUAUGCCAAUUCCAUGGCUUUGGUCAUUCUUAUUCUUUGUAAUGAUAUUUCUUCUAGGAAUUAGCACAGAAAUAGCGUAUGUGAACGUGUUUUGCUCAGCACUAUGCGAUCAUAUUGUGAUUCUGCGUAAGAAGAAAUGCAUCGUUGUUGUAUUUUGGUGCCUCACACUUUAUCUCAUCGGCCUCGUUAUGAUAACGGACGGUGGUUAUUUUUGGUUUAUAAUGUUUGAUGAAUAUGCCGCAGGAGUGUCUUCGUGUGUUGCUGUGACCGCCGAAGUUUUAGUUAUUUCAUUUGUAUACGGUCGUCGAAACCAACUUGACGAUAUGCUUGAAAUGUUUGGACCGGCCAACUCGAAAUUUUCGAAAAUUUUCGGCAAACUUUCUCCAUAUUUUGGCUUCAACUGGAUGCUUAUCACCCCAAUUCUCGGAUCAAUAUUGAUUGUUUUGGCUUCGAUUCGAGACUAUCCGUUCGAAGGAAGACCUGAUGUGUUUCCAGUGAUGUUCGAUAUUAUUGGUUGGACAAUUUGCCUUUUGCCCGUUGUCAUGGUUCCGAUUUUUGCAAUUGUGGCAAUUAUUGAAUUCAAAGUUCGAAAAAUCAAUAUCGCCGCGAUAUUCAUGAUGCAACCCCAAUUAAAGUCCUAUAAGCGGAUCUACCAUCAAAUGUCGGCAAUUCAACGGAAGCAUCAACGCAUUCUUCCCGAUCGAGAACCUUGGGACGAUAAGCCAACUGGAUUCAAGAUGCCGCACGAAAAAUGGCCGUCGAAACCGAUGUUCGAGAACUCGGACGAGUCGCAGCUAAUUGCAAAUAAAAUACUUUAA